ACACAACUAAGAAGGGAGAUACCCUUUGUGCUAGUGCAGUGGUUAAUGCGUGUUUACUUAUUUUAUGUCAACCGUAGGUCACAACCUCAAUAACACCUACCUGCCAACAAAGCACAGCUAAACAAUAAAAACAAACCUCCCUGUUUUCUGCCAUUUUAGCCGGCUGCUAGCUUCCUCCGUGCAGCAGUGGGAUCAUGUUUACCUCCCAGACUUCGUCCUUCCAGGAUUCAAUUGACGUGGAAGAGAGAGAUGACUUUGACAGCGAAGAAAUUGCAGGAUACAGCCAGAAAAUUCAGCUGAACUGCUAUUACACCAUCUAUCUUUAUCAAGGAACAAGAUCUGAGGCUUCUGGGGAAAAUGUGGCUUGGAACCAGAGAAGAGCAGACUCCACAACGAGUCAGGAUGACUUUAGCCUGACACUAAUUGACAGCAGCCUGCCAUCAGAGGCUGAACCUGAGCUGCGGACCUACAUUUCAAGGAGGCUGAGCAAAGGAGCCUUGCUUGGAGGGAUGGGCAACAUCGCCACUGUGGAACUCAGUAUCCCAGAGGAGGCAGUCGGCUGCUACUGCUGUCUCCUGGAGCAGGAAAGAUCUCCUGAACAACCUGAUGCUGAUGGCAAUGGAUAUGUUAUCUGCUUUAUGGGUGGCUCUGAAAAAGGACUGAACUUAUUUAGAUUAGAGCUUGAUAAAUACGUCCAAGGCCUGCAUAGCAGCCUGCAAACCCCAGAGCUGCAAAACCUCGAGACGGAGGUGCGUCCCUAUCUGAGCCGGUGGUACGAGGAGUCUGUGAUGCACAUUUACCGAGUGGUGCAGCUGGUCCAGAGCAACAUCAGCUUCUUGCUGCACGCUGCUCUGAGUCACACACAUGUAGAGGUCAUCAGUUCAGACGAGAGGACAAAGGCUGAUGUAUCCAGGUUCAUUAAAGCAGCCAGUUUGCAGGGUCUAUCCCAGCAAGACACCACAACAGCUUCUCUAUGUAAGGCUAUCUCAGAGGACACACAGUCUGACCUGGUUAUAGACUGCUCCACCAGUCCACCCACACUCUCUAACACUGUCAGCAAUCGCUUCUGUGAUGACUGGAUUCAGGCAUUUCUAAACGCUGCAGAGCGUUGUAAUCCCUUCCUGCUCAGACAGAUUCUGGAGAACUUCAAACUUAAGGCCAUUCAGGACAUGAACAGUCUGAAGCGCUUUGUGCGACAGGCAGAGAUGAGUCACUACGCCUUGUUUCGAUGCUGUCAGUUCCUGCAGGGCUGCGGAAAUGGGGAUGUGUUGCUGCAGAAUGCCAGGGCUGAGCACAGCGACCUGCCUGAAGCAUGCAGCAUCAUCACUGUCCUGGAGGAGUUCCUCAAGGAACAGUCCCAAGCCCAGGCCUGA